CCUUUUGAUUUAAAACGACGUGGCAUUUGCCGAAAAUUCUAACACCAUUUUCAUUUCAUUCCAAUUUCAAUCCUCUCUGUUCAUCGAUCGACUCGGCUGGACUAUCCACGCCGCCGUUCUCCGCGGCAGCUCCGGCCACCCUCUCAUCGCCAUUCAGUGUAUUUUGGGUUGGUUGCAAAGUUUUAGAGUGUAAGUGGAGGAUUGUGAAGCUAAGAAACAUGGUGAAGUUGACUAUGAUUGCCCGUGUUACUGAUGGUCUUCCGCUAGCUGAAGGACUGGAUGAUGGUCGUGAUCUUAAAGAUGCGGAAUUUUACAAACAACAAGUCAAGGCUUUGUUUAAGAAUCUCUCAAGAGGACAUUAUGAAGCAUCAAGGAUGUCAGUUGAAACUGGACCUUACGUUUUUCAUUAUAUUAUAGAAGGACGGGUCUGUUACUUGACAAUGUGUGACCGAGCAUACCCUAAGAAACUAGCCUUUCAGUAUCUUGAAGAGCUCAGGAAUGAGUUUGAGCGCGUUAAUGGGUCACAAAUUGAAACUGCUGCCCGACCUUAUGCCUUCAUUAAAUUUGAUACAUUUAUGCAGAAGACAAAGAAACUUUACCAGGAUACCCAUACUCAGCGCAAUAUUGCUAAACUGAAUGAUGAACUAUAUGAAGUCCACCAGAUAAUGACUCGUAAUGUGCAGGAAGUUCUUGGUGUUGGUGAACAGUUGGACCAGGUCAGCCAAAUGUCUAGUCGCUUAUCAUCAGAAUCACGCAUAUAUGCGGAUAAGGCUAGAGAUUUAAAUAGGCAGGCUCUGAUUCGGAAGUGGGCCCCUGUUGCUAUUGUUUUUGGAGUUGUCUUCGUACUUUUCUGGAUCAAAAAUAAAAUAUGGUGACCGAGCUCAGUGUCUGACAUUUAAAUCCUGGAUUGCAUUACUGUGGCUUCUCCCAUGUUUAUCCAGAUUUUGAACAGAUUGGUGGGAAACUAGAUGCAUGAGAUGAUGUCUACUUUUUCUGGACAACUUUGGUUUAGAAAAAAAAAAAGAAAAAGACUAUAUCCUCUCUGACAUCUAAGCAUGACUGGAUCAGUCUUUCUGAAACAGGAAUCCUUAACUUUUUAUAGUAAGGAGCCAGGAUAUGAGAAAACUAUAUCCCCUUGGGGAUCUAUAUAGGCAUUUCUUCUUUAUACUUAUCAAUUAUUUUCAGGAUCAUUGUGUUAAUGGAUUAAAUAUAUUACCUCUUCGAUGUAUUGUUUCCA